AAAAUCUUGUGAGCAAUACUCUCUGAUCCCUGGUAGGCUGUGACAUCAGCCAAGAAAGCCUAUGAUGAUCAUAGUAACCUCUGAGUAGGAGGAGGAUCCUGCUGGCUGAGUAAGUAGCUCUGCACAGCAAGGGGUGAGCAGUUAGUUUUCUGUUAGUAUCAGUGUGUUCAUUGCAUCCAAACCGGUUUGAGGCACUGGCUGCUGAGAAGCAAAUCUCCAGAAAAGCACAACAAAAAUUGGAUGAAUUCUGAUGUAUUAGCUGUGGUCAUUUUGCCUCCUGGUUGAUAUCAGAGUAGGGUUUCUGGCUCUGGACUGCUUGCUGAGAAUCAUCAUGACACUCCUGGGGUCUGAGCAUUCUUUGUUGAUUCGGAGCAAGUUCAAAUCAGUUUUACAGUUACGACUUCAGCAAAGAAGGACCCAAGAACAAUUGACUAAUCAAGACAUAAUGCUGACAUUGCAAAAUCAAACUAUAUUCCAAGAACAAAGAAAAGGCUUUGAUAAGACUGAAUACUAUUUAAAGCAGAAGAUCAGAAAUAGACCUCAAGGGGCUAACUUGAUCGACAUGCACAUUUUACAAGAAACAACUGCAGAGGGAUCCAUUCCAGCUCCUCAGAUGAAGCUUAAAAGAGCCCGAUUUGCAGAUGAUCUGACUGAAAAAAUUGUUCUCAGGCCAGGUCUCCUGGAAUUGGUGGAGAAGACUAGAAUUCCUGUUGACUCAACUAUGAAAGAGUCUGUGAAAGAUGCUUUUGCCUUUGAUGAGAACAGCAGCAAUGAUGAACUCUCUCCAGAACAGACACGAAGUGAAGACUCACAGGGAUCUAAUAGUUUCCUACCUGAUACAAAAGUCACAGAGGCCUCUUCAACUGUCCCAACAGAAACAACUCAGGAUCUUACCUCUGGCUCAGAAAAUGAUAGAAAUAAACCAGUAUCACACCCCAUCAACCAAUCAGACAACAUGAAGCAGGUGAAUGGCCCAUUGAGCUCACCCAUCCCUGUGCCUGCUGUGGUGAAGUCUAAGUCCUUUAGUGACAGCAAAAAUCGGCACAAAAAAACAAAGGAAACCAAACCAAAGGUGAAGAAGCUCAAAUAUCACCAGUAUAUUCCCCCUGAUCAAAAGGCAGAAAAAUCUCCUCCACCUAUGGACUCUGCUUAUGCUAGGCUUCUGCAGCAGCAACAACUUUUCUUACAAUUGCAAAUCCUCAGCCAACAGCAACAGCAGCAACGAUUCAGCCACCCAGGACAUCAUCAAGCUCAGCUAAAGGAACCUAAUGAAGAAUUGAUCAGAAAUCCAAACUCAGCAGUUUCCAUAAGCAAUACUCUUCUGUCUCCUGCAAAAACUACCUUUUCUGGACAAACUGGCAUUUCUUCUCUCAAGCUCGGUCCUCUUCCAUCAAAUCUGGAUGAUCUGAAGGUCUCUGAAUUGAGACAACAACUUCGAAUAAGGGGUCUACCUGUCUCUGGCACUAAAACAACUCUCAUGAAUCGUCUUCGACCUUUCCAGGACUGCCCUGGGACCACAGUGCCAAACUUUAGUGACAUAACUACUAUCACUUUUCCUGUCAACCCAGCCAAUACUCUAACCAGUUACCAGUCCUCCUCUACUAGUGUCUUAACUAAUGGCUUCUAUCACUUUGGUAGCACCAGCUCCACACCACCUAUUUCCCCAGCUUCAUCUGAUGUCUCAGUCACUGGAUCUCUACCAGAUACAUUCAAUGAUACUUCACCAUCAUUUGUUCUGCAGCCCUCUCCUGUCCACAUUUGUGCAGAGGAGAGCCUAAUGAGCAGCCUCAAUGGUGGAUGCAUCCAGUCUGAUUUAGAUGGAAUUGAUUCUGAAAAGGACAAGAUGUUAGUAGAGAAGCAAAAGGUGAUUAAUGAACUUACCAUGAAGCUACAGCAAGAGCAAAAACAAGUGGAAGAGCUGAGGAUGCAACUUCGGAAGCAGAAGAGGAAUAAUUGUACAAAGAAGAAACAGUCACAGACACAUUUCUUUGGUGUUCCCAUUAAAAAAGAAGAUACUAUAUGCAGUUGCCCUUUUCCAUCGAAACAAACAUCUGUGAAAAUACAGAAUAAUAGUUCAGAGAAAGAAUUAAGUACUCAAUGCCUUUCCCUUCUAAACAAUCAUUGUGUUGAGACUAUAGGACAGACCAAUGUACUUUAUUCCACAUUUCUUAGUCCUCAGAAUUCUCCCCAACAUUCCCCUCUUGGAGCUGCAAAAAGUCCACAACAUAUCAGUCCGUCCCCUUCACCCAACAACCAUUACCUCCUCUCCUCAUCUUCUAGCUCCCAAGGAGAGAGACAUAAUGGCCUCUCACAAAUUCAAAGCCAAGUGUGUUCAAUUCAGAGGUCAAGAGUACAAGAUCACAGUACUUCAGGCUUCUCUCCUGAAUCAUCUAGCCUCCACACUCCUUUCUUUGGCACCCAAUCAAACAGUAGCCAGAUUACCAGAGGCAAUGCUUCUUCCAAAAGCCCUGAUACAAAACACAAGCAAAUGAUUCAAAGUCAGCAGAUGGAUGAACUCCUUGAUGUCCUCAUUGAAAGUGGAGAAAUGCCAGCAAAUGCCAAAGAAGAUCAUUCAUGUUUUCAAAAAGUACAAAAGAUAACUGGAUCUUCUCAAAGUCUUCUCCACAAGUCUUCUGGUCCAUUUGAACAUAUCUCUUCAGCAGCCCAAUUCUCUUUUGAUCACUGCACAACUAAUAGUGACAAUCAUUUUGAAGUUUUAUUGAAUUCUCACAGUCCCUUGGGUAAGAUCAGCGAUGUCACACUUCUAAAAAUUGGAAUUGAGGAAUUUCAAUUUGAAGGGAUGAUGGAUAGAGUCUCUGACAAAGCAACGGAUGAAUUUUUAGGUUCUCAUGAGAUCUUGCCAGCUCCUCUCUCUCCCAUUCAGCCUCAACUUUCACCUUCUUCCAUAGAUGGAACAGGUUUACAGAUGAGUUUAACAGAAUCUCCCUGGGAAACUAUGGAGUGGCUAGACCUUACGCCACCAAGUUCUACCACAGACUUUAGUUCUCUUACAGCCACAGGCCCAAGCAUCUUCAACAGUGAUUUCUUGGAUAUUACUGAUCUCAGUUUGAACAGCACUAUGGACCAUCACUUACAGCAGUGGUAAAAUACCAGAUUUACAAUUCUAAGUAUUAGCAGGAAUGCAUUGAAGCACUAAUACUUUUAUUAAUAAUAGAAGAGAUAAAGUAAAAAAGAAGCAAUAACUCCAAGCAAUGGGAAAUGGACUCAAUUAUAUAAUGUUUAUCAAUUUUUUUGUUACUGAAAAUGAUUCAAACUAUAUCUUUCAUUGUUGGCUUUUUUAGAGUUCAGAUGCAAAGAAUGUCUUUCAAUGCCUCUAAGAACAUUAUUUUUAAAAAAACAGGAUUUUUCUCAAGCAUUGUUGGGUCUUGUCUCAUCUUCAAAUGAAACCCAUUCACAUAACUGGACAACUCAGCACAUAAUGUAGAAGGGAAAAGAGAUUUCCUUUAAGAACAAAAAGAAUGAUAAAAAAAAAAAAACAAGACAUAUUCAAACCUCAGGAAGUGGAAUAUCUUUAUAUUAUAGGCAAUUUGCUCAUUUUUCAGAGAUGAUGCUGACUAGGCACUAAUUUGGGGUAGGGUAUGUAGAAUGCCUACUUUCCUUAGGGAAAUCCUUGGAUAGCUUUUGAGCCAUCAGUGGAAAAGGACUAAACCCACUUAAUUCCAGGAAAGCUAGGUCAGCAGUUUUCACCUAUAAUGCUUUUUCCAAAGAGUGAUUUCAAUCUGGAGCGCAGGCUUUUUUUUUAAUCCUUGAAAAUAGCUGACACACCCAAGAAACCCAAGUUAACCCUGUUAAGCAUCUUCUUCAACUUCAAGCCCUAGUCAAACAGCUAUCAUUGUUUUUGAGAAAAAGAACAGUAUAUACAAAGUGGAGAGGGUUUUAAAAAAUCCAAUUUCUGCCCUCUAUAAAGGAAAAGAGUUUGAUAUUCCAUCUCCAGAUUUCCAAUCAGAGGAGAGAAGAGACUGAGGAAGGUAGUGUCAGUCAAGACUUGAGUCAGCAGAAUGGUAGUUAAGAAGUAAUGAGCUUAAUUUAACCUUGGAGAGGUUUCAGCAGAACAGCAAAUAGAAUCAGAAGAAGGGUUAUUACUUUAGUCAAGAAUAGGAAACUAUUUAAUGUCAUACUUUAUAAGGGUAAAAGAUCCAUGACCUUUUGGAUUUGGGCUAGGAGCUGACAAGAAUGUUGUAAGACAUUCUCUUCAUAUUUCACUGUUACUGCCAACCAGUUCCGUAUUGCUUUGGAAGAUAUAGAAAGUAGCUAUAGAUUUGUUUUUAAUCACAAAUACACUAUUUCCUUCUAUUUUUACAAAUAUCAUUCACUGUGCACUCCUAAAAUAGGAAAAAAUUGCCAAUUUUAUAAUGUUUAAGAUUUCUUUUGAAAACCAAAGAUUGAUAAUCAUUCCAGUGUUCUCUGUAAAUAAUGUUUAAACAGUCAUUUUGGUGGUUGCAACCAUUAUGCAAACUUCCAGGGUCUUAUUGUGAGGGGAAAUUUUUUUCUUUCUAGUCUCCAAAACAAUAUUAUUAAGCAUCCAUGUUUAACUGCUUAGCUGCUAUGAAAUGAUGCCUGGAUAUAUCCUACAGGAACUUUCUGAUUAAACUACAAGACUACAGUGAAAUAAUUGGUUAUUCUCAACUAAGUCCCUAAAGCAUGGUCUAUAACACCUCACUUACCAAGAACAGAUGUGAAAAAACAAAAUGGUUUGAGCAAAUGUCUGUGAAAAAGUCCAUUAAGAAUAUGCAAAUUAUGUUACAUUCCUCAAUCUAAAUUAGCACUAUAUAUUGUUUUAAAAUAUUCAUGUGGAACAUCUAUUCAGCUUAGUCAUCAUUCCUGAGUAUCCAAGUGGAGAAAUCAUCGUUUCUUUGAAGCUAAAGAUAUGAGAAGGGAAACCACAUUAAUACAUUCCUCAUGUUCAUAAGAUAAUAUGAUCUUAUUUAAAUCCUAACUUCCUUCUUGGUAUAUUGCCACAUGCCAUAUUGUUUGUUUGUUUUUUUCUUUUUAUUUCCUUUUAAAAAAUGAUCACACGAAUUUUGUGUAAUUUCCUUUUCUUUUCUUUUCUGACAAAAAGUAAGAGCUAAUUAAGAAGACUCCUGAAGUUGUGAUAGCAUAAUUUAUUUGUUUAAUGGAACCUAUUUAGGAAAUAUUAUGGUUUGAAUCUGUGCACAUAGAAGUCAAAUUAUUCUAAUCAAAAGGUUAUUUUGUUCCAGUAUGCACCAGAAAACCAACAUGAAACACAAAAAGAAGCCCAGAAUAAUCUUUUGGUCUCUAUCACUCUCUCAGCAAUUACAUAAAUAAGUAGUAUUCCCAAAGUAUUCUAUUUUCUAAAGAAAUAAGAAAUAUUCAGUCUAUAAAAUCAGACCCAAGUAGCUACAAACCAGCUGAAAUUUCUAACAUUACCUCCUUGAGCAGUACUGCCUUGGGGAUUCUCUGGAAUGCUAAAGGUCACUCCUCUAAUGAUCUUCCAGUUGUUUAAGAAGAACAAAACCCAAUGAUUUUAGCAUUCUCUAGUAAUACAAACUUAUUAUCUCAAGUUUUUAUUUGCUCCUGUAACAAAUAUCCAUUCAUCUCUCCCCCAGGUACAUAAAAAAACCUGAGGUGACAGACCCAGGGCCCCCUUCCAAUGAGGAAUUAUUAUGUCCAAAAUAAUUGAAUUAUAAUGAAAAAUGGAAUUUGAGGAUUUCUUAAUCCUUGAAGUCCUAGGAAUUUUUAGAUAGCAGUUCUUCAAGUUUUUUUCAUUGUUGUACUAUACUCUGGGUAGCAUCAGAAGAAGAUAUGACAGAAAGGCUUGGUGCAGUAGUUCUAUUACUUUCAGAUUUCUUGCAACUCCCAGAGCCUAUAGAUACCAAAUUGAAAUGGAUCAUCUAACUCAUUCAUAUCUUACAUUUUUAUUUUCUCAUAUCAGUCCAAACUUAGCUAAGUGAAAUAAUAAAUUUGUCAGUAUAACAAAUGCCUUCAAUUAUGCUUAAUAGUAGUGUCCCUAAUUUUAAAUAAAUAAA